GUUCGCAGCAAUUCAUGAAAAAAAGAUACUGACGGAUAUGGUUGACUUGCUCACGCGGGUGACCUGCCCUCAGUUGCGUGUUUACAUUCACCGGCUAUCUUGACUCGUAUUGCACCUUCGCUCACCGCAACGCUUUGGACCCUGAGCCAAGGCGGACUGUGCGCCGACAUCGAAAUCUCGGUUCGAGGCCCACAAUUUCUGCCAUCGACACGACAAAAGAAAGGCGGUGUCUUCCACGCACGGUUAUCUUUGUGGUGUUAAAACGUUCUCGGGUCGUUUGAGCUUAGGCUCUGCUGUAUCAAGGGGCAGAAUUUUUCGCCAUCUGCCCGGGGCCAUUUGGUACAAAGGUUGAGCGCCCCAACAACACGUUUGCCCGUUAUCUUUUCACUCCUUUGUUUUCCGACAAUGAUCACAACAACUUCCCGGGUUCAGGCACCUUCGGUCAAGACCAGGCUCACCGCGGUGGCCGAGGUCAAGCCAACACCGGUUCCUGAUGUGAAGACGCUGAAAGAUGCCAUUCCCGCACACUGCUUCGAGCGGUCCAUGAUCCGCUCUUUCUCCUACGUCGUUCGCGAUCUCAUCAUCGUGAGCGCGCUCUUUUACUCUGCUGUCCAACUCUCUCGACUCGACGCCCCGCUGUACGUCACCGUGCCGUUAUGGGCUCUCUACAGUUUCGUGCAAGGCUGCUUUUUCACCGGUCUUUGGAUCCUCGCCCACGACUGUGGCCACGACUCCUUUUCGGCUAAUCUUACCGUCAACGCUGUAACCGGCUGGUUCCUGCACAGCAUUCUGAUGGUUCCGUUCUUCAGCUGGAAAUUCAGUCACGCACGUCACCACCGCUACCACAAUCACAUGGAGAAGGAUACCGUCUUUGUACCGCACCGCCAGUCCGAGGCAAAGACCAACCCCACGAUUCUGCAGAAAAUCGUGGAUCACACAGCUGCCGACACUCCAAUCGUCACCGUUGCUGCCCUCAUCUUCCACCAGGUGCUUGGUUGGCCAGCAUACAUUCUGAUGAACGCCGGCGCGGGUCCGAAGAGUCUGACUAAGAGCGACCGAGCCACCUCGUCUGCUUACAAGCAGAGCCACCUGGACCCCACUGCUCACGUCUUCACCCCAUCUGAGGCGCCUUUCGUUGCGCUGAGCAAUGUUGGUCUCCUUCUCACCACGGGCGCGCUGUACAUGGCUUCAAAGAGCGUAGGACUCUCUACCGUUCUGCUGGCAUAUGGAUUGCCCUACCUGUGGAUGAACCACUGGAUUGUUGCUAUUACCUACCUCCAUCACACCCACCCAGAGGCCCCGCACUAUGAAGCCGAGGAUUGGACUUUUAUCAAGGGCGCUGCUUCCACUGUCGAUCGCGAGUUCGGCUUCAUUGGCCGCCACAUCUUCCAUGGCAUCAUUGAGUACCACGUCGUUCACCACAUGUUCCCGCGUAUCCCCUUCUAUCACGCUGAGGAGGCUACCUGGGCGAUUGCCCCUCUGCUUGGUGAACGCUACAUUCAGCAGAAGUCGAACUUCUUCGGUGAUCUGUGGCAGAGCUUCACGAGCUGCAAGUAUGUCGAGCCAGGUACCGGUGCCCACGCUGGUGGAUUGGUGUGGGCGAAGACCCAGUAAGAGACUUCGACAGAGUGAAUCAACGAGAAAUGUUCAAUGUGGACAUCUGGACGACUAUAUCACGACUACAAUGCAUUUGACACGUGAUGCUGUUGACUUACUUCUCCCAGGCUAGCGCUGACGCCUCCUCCAAAUAGCCCUGACUUUCGGUCAUCCCUAUGGCAGUGAUCUGCAGCGUUAUUAUAGACCGAUACUGACAGCGACGCAGCACUUGCUGACUGGGCUACGGCCAUAGAAAGGCAUUACCUCUGACCUCCAACUUCGUCUUCUACUGGAGUCGCUGGCUGUGUAUUCUGCAGAGAGGGCCUUCAUGACAUAAGGUCGAUUCC